CUCACCUUGUCGGUGGACUCUUUUUUUCGCCAUGUAUCGACAACUAUAUGGCACUGAGUUUGCAUGUCCUGUUUUUACCUAAAAUUACUGCUGCUGCAUGCAUACCUCGCAUUAUCCUUCUCACAUACUCACCGUUCUUUGCGACGCGAAUGGCUUAAAGUCUGGGACACGCGGUACGAAAAUGUCUCGGGCAAUUUUAUAUGUUCUUUCGUCGUUCACAAUUGUAAAUACUUCUUUGUUAUUUUCGGGCCUUCCCCAAAGCAUGAUUUGGAGUUUUCGGUCCUGUCUUUGGUACAGUGUUGGUUGGGCGCCUGUUGACGUUUUCCUGGUGUCCCUACUGACCCGUGAUGAGCCAUAUUUCAAAUCCGUUUACUGGUCCCGUUGUGACACAUACUCAGGAGUUUUCAGGUUUGAUCUGCACUAUUCUCGGGGCCGUCAUCUUCAUUAUGUACUUGACUGGGGGCGUUAUCGCGUAUGGCGCAGUUAUAUCUAGUGUUGAUCCGUUUACUUUCUUCUUUCGCUUUUGUCUUGCAUCUCAUUUGCUGGUCUGUUUUAUCGGCCUUUUCUCGGUUUUCAUAUUGAAGGCGAGCUUCAGUAUUGCUUUCUAAGUUGAUGCGCCCUGGUUUGGAAUUACUGGACUA